UCGUGUUAGUCAAUAGGAACGGCAAAAAAUGAAGAUUGUCACCGCGUUAUUCUUAUCAUUAGUAACAACCAAUUUAAAUGAAGUGGACUCUUUGAACAUACUUGCAAUCUUUCAGUACCAUGGAAAGAGUCAUUUCUUUGUGUUCGAACCGUACCUCUGGGAAUUGGCGAAAAGAGGGCACAAUGUUACCGUUAUAUCGCAUUUCCCUCAAAAACAACCACUACAAAACUAUACCGAUAUCAGUUUGGCCGGUAAAAUGGAAAUAUUUGAAAGUGUUAUAAAUAUGAAGCAGUCUUUAUGGUCGUUGAUGGAAGUGACAAAAUUUCUUCUGGACGGAGUUGUACAUAACUGCAGGGUACUAGUGGAAGACCAAACUGUGCAGCAAUUAGUGAAAUCUCGGACAAAAUAUGACUUAGUUCUUGUAGAAGCGUUUAUGAGUGACUGUGCAUUAGGAAUAGCUUACAAGUUAGAAGCGCCAGUGGUAGCUCUAACGUCGCAUUCUGUACUUCCAAUGCAUUAUGAACGAUAUGGCGUUCCUCAUCAACUUCUCAAGUUUUGGCCAGAUCCAGAUUUCUUGACCCGGUUUUUUUUAACAGUGUUAUUACCGGUAGGUAAUUGGUGGUUCCGAACCUAUCAGUAUACGGAACAUGCGAUUCUGUCAGAACAUUUCGACAACAUUCCACCGCUUGAAGAGUUAGCAUACGACAUCAAGCUGCUUCUUGGAUACUUCCAUUAUUCCAUGUUCGUUCCUCAAGCCUGGCCCGAAAACAUAAAGGAAGUAGGUGGAUACCAUGUCGCUAAAACGAAACCGCUGCCUGAGAAAUUAAAAGAGUUUAUAGAACAAUCGGAACACGGAGUCAUAUACGUAAGCUUUGGUUCAAUGGUAAAAGCGACGAGUCUGCCGAAGGAUAAACUGGAGGCCAUAGUGGGUGCGCUGUCAGAACUUCCUCAACGAGUGGUAUUCAAAUGGGGAGAAGGACAACUGCCUGGGAAUCCGAAAAACUUUUACGUGUCGAACUGGUUACCGCAAAAUGAUAUUCUGGGUCAUCCCAAUGUCGUGGCUUUCUACUCCCAUGGCGGACUCCUGGGUUCGACAGAGGCCAUACACCACGGAGUACCGGUGGUUCUCACUCCAGUAUUUGCUGAACAACCAUUUAAUUCUAUGGCUUUAGAAAGGAAGGGGUUCGGCGUUCGUAUGCUCUACGAUGAAUUAACUAAAGAAAAACUGCUAGAGAAAUUUAGAACCAUUUUGGAUCCAGAGUUCAGGAGAAGAGCCAAAGAAAUCUCAAGGGAGUGGCACGACCGACCUAUGACGCCAAUGGACACCGCCAUCUAUUGGACGGAGUACGCUGCUCGCCAUCCAAACUCCACACUUAAAAUACCCGCAGUGGGAAAGCCAAACUACCAACUUAUGGGAUUGGAUGUCCUACUAACUAUUUUUAUUAUUUUGGCCAUAUCGUUGUAUGUGUUUAUUGUUGCGAUUAAAUACUUGGUAUUUGGAAAGAGGACGAAAUCGAAGAAAGAAUAUUCCGGAUACAAGAGUUAUCGGCAGUGUUUUGUUACAUCUUUGGCCGUAAAGAUGAAAUCAAUCUCGGCGGUCACUUUGUUUAUCGCGCUAGCGCACACCGCGAAUACUCUCAACGUUCUAGGCAUAUUUCCGUAUCACGGAACUAGCCAUUUCUUAGUGUUCCGUGUGUAUCUUCUAGGUCUAGCCAAUAAAGGACAUAAUGUUACCGUUAUAUCGCACUUUCCGGAAAAAAAUCCGCCGCCUAAUUACCAUAGUAUCAGCUUGGCGGGAACCUUAGAAAUACUUAAAGACGAGAUGCCGGUGGAAAAGUCAUAUAAAACCAUUUUCAAUACUGGAUUAUUUUUAACAUCCACUGGUACGGAGAAUUGUGAAGUGAUGCUCAAGAAUAAAAAAGUGCGUGAUUUAGUUGAUUCUAAAGCUAAAUUCGAUGUGAUAGUAGUUGAACAGUUCAACAGCGACUGCGCAUUCGGUAUUGCAUAUAAGCUGAAUGCUCCCGUAGUUGGCAUGAUGUCUCACAUAUUGAUGCCUUGGCAUUAUAGGAGACUAGGCAUUCCAUACAACACGGCCUACGUGCCUUUUCAUUUCUUAGAAGGAGGUUCUAAACCUACACUAUACCAAAGAAUUGAAAGAAUAUUAUUUGAUAUGUACUUCAGGACUCUUUACUAUCUUGUAACUCAGAGAAGCGAUCAGAACACUCUCGCUAAAUAUUACGACGAUAUUCCGCCUUUGGAAGAUUUGGCUAGCGAGAUGAAAUUCCUGCUUGUGUACCACAACUUUGUGCUAACUGGAUCCAGAUUGUUCCCGCCCAAUGUUAUAGAAGUCGGCGGUUACCAUGUCGCAAGGGCAAAGCCUUUAGCUGGCGCGUUGAAGACAUUCGUCGAAGAAGCGAAACAUGGCGUAGUUUACAUAAGCUUCGGUUCCGUGAUCAAUCCAACCGCUCUACCUGCUGAAAAGGUGCAGGCAAUCAUAGACGUGAUGGUGCAACUGCCACAAAGGUUUAUCUGGAAGUGGAAUAACAAGACUUUGGCAUUGGCUCAGGAUAAACUGUAUACUGGCAGUUGGCUGCCUCAAAUUGAUAUUUUGGGUCAUCCAAAUACGUUGGCGUUUUUCUCCCAUGGCGGUAUGGGCGGCACAACUGAAGCCAUACAUUUCGGCGUACCGAUGAUUGCCAUGCCAGUUUUGGGCGACCAACCAGCAAAUGGUGCCGCCAUUGAGGAAAGCGGAUUGGGAGUACAAGUUCAAAUUAGGGAUUUAAAUAAAGAAAACCUGCUGGCAGCAUUCCGAAAAGUUUUAGAUCCAAAAUUCAGAGAAAGAGUGAAGCAAAUCUCCAAGGCAUGGCAUGAUCGUCCAAUGCGUCCCCUAGACACUGCAAUCUACUGGACCGAGUACGCAGCUCGGCAUAAUAACUUUACAUUCAGGGCUGCGGCUGCCGACACACCCUUAUACCAACAUUUCUACUUAGAUAUUAUAGGCGUAUUGUGUAUCUCUUUGUAUGUUAUAACAAAAGUGUUCAGUUUGUUAUUAAGUUUAUGCAAAUCGAAACCAAGAGUCAAAAAUGUCAAAGCGAAUGACAAGAAGACAAAUAAGAAGUCAAAGCGUGAAUGAUUAUAUUCUCUUUGUGAAUGACUAAACGUUUUCAAACAAUAGGUUAUGUUAUAAUCAUUCGUAUAUCUCUCUAUGGUACGAUUCUGGAAAUAAAGGUACUGUUACACAUGCAUAGUUACUAACAUGACAGCAUACAGGGUGAUUCAUGAGUCGUGAGCAGGAGUGAACCGGGUACUGGGGAGGGUCACACUGAGCAACUUUCAUAAUGGGGCAACA